UGUGGUUUUGUGCUUCUGUAGAUGAAUUCGCUGUCAAUGGCCCGCUGGUGGACCUGUUUUCUAUGAAUGCCUUGGCUUCUUACAGCCAAAAUGCCAAGUAUUUCAGUUGUUAUGGAUAUCUUAUAUUUUGUAUGGAUAUUUCCAAUGGUAGGGGCUGUCGAAGAAAUACUAAUGGACUCUACGACGGCAACAGCAGAGCUGGGAUGGACUAUCUACCCAGCAUUGGGGUGGGAGGAGGUGAGUGGAUACGACGAGAACAUGAACACCAUCCGCACUUACCAGGUGUGCAAUGUCUUUGACAACAACCAGAACAACUGGGUACGCACCAAGUACAUCAGCCGGCGAGGGGCCCAGCGCAUCCACGUGGAGAUGAAGUUCUCGGUGCGGGAUUGCAGCUCCAUCCCCAGCGUCCCCGGCUCCUGUAAGGAGACCUUUAACCUUUACUACUAUGAGACGGACUCAGACACGGCCAAUAAGGUGUCCCCGGCCUGGAUGGAAAACCCCUGGAUCAAGGUCGACACCAUCGCAGCCGACGAGAGCUUCUCCCAGGUGGAUCUGGGCGUCCGGGUGAUGAAAAUCAACACGGAGGUACGAAGCUUCGGCCCUGUGUCACGCCAAGGCUUCUAUCUGGCCUUCCAGGACUAUGGUGGCUGCAUGUCGCUCAUCGCCGUGCGCAUCUUCUACAGGAAGUGCCCCCGCGUGGUCCUGAACGGCGCCGUGUUCCCCGAGACCCUGUCAGGGGCGGAGAGCACCUCCCUGGUGGCAGCGCGGGGCGUGUGUGUGCCCAACGGGGAGGAGGUGGACGUGCCCAUCAAGCUCUACUGUAAUGGGGACGGGGAGUGGAUGGUGCCCAUCGGGCGCUGCAUGUGCAAGGCUGGGCACGAGGUGGUGGAGAACGGCACCGUGUGUCGAGCGUGUGGCUCAGGGUUCUUUAAGUCUUCCCAGGGGGACCACCUGUGUCUCCAGUGUCCCAUCAACAGUCGCACCACCAACGAGGGGGCCACCAACUGUGUGUGCCGCAACGGGUACUACCGCAGUGACUCGGAUCCCCCGCAGAUACCCUGCACCACCAUCCCCUCCGCGCCCCAGAACGUAAUCUCGAUCGUGAACGAGACGUCCCUGAGGUUGGAGUGGAGCGCGCCGCGCGAUGGCGGGGGCCGCAAGGACGUGGUCUACAACAUCAUCUGUAAGAGCUGUGGAGGGGGCCGGGGAGGCUGUACACGCUGCGGGGACAACGUCCAGUUCAUCCCUCGCCAACUGGGCCUGACGGAGACCAGCGUCCACAUCAGUGACCUGCUGGCCCACACGCAGUACACCUUUGAGAUCCAGGCGGUCAACGGGGUCUCCGACCAGAGCCCCUACUCACCACACUACUCCUCAGUCAACAUCACCACCAACCAGGCCGCACCAUCGGCMGUGUCGAUUAUGCACCAGGUGAGCCGGACACCUGACAGCAUCACUCUCUCCUGGUCCCAACCGGACCAGCCCAACGGCCUCAUACUGGACUAUGAGCUGCAGUACUAUGAUAAGAGCAUGGCAGAGUGGAACUCAUCGGUGGUGCGCAGUCAGACCAACACAGCAGUCAUCCGUGGCCUGAAGCCCGGAGCUAUAUACGUCUUCCAGGUACGGGCUCGAACCGUGGCCGGAUUCGGACGAUUCAGCGGAAAGAUGUACUUUCAGACCAUGACCGAAGAGGAGUACAAGUCCAGCUUUCAGGAGAAGCUCCCCCUCAUCAUUGGCUCAGCUGCUGCAGGUGUGGUCUUCAUCAUCGCUGUCGUCGUAUUGGUCAUCGUCUGCAAUCGAAGAAGCUCUGAGAGAACAGAAUCUGAAUACACAGACAAGGUCCAGCACUACACCAGUGGCCACAUGUCUCCAGGAAUGAAGAUCUAUAUUGACCCCUUCACCUAUGAGGACCCMAACGAGGCAGUGAGGGAGUUUGCCAAAGAGAUUGACACCUCCUGUGUCAAGAUCGAGCAAGUCAUUGGCGCAGGAGAGUUUGGGGAGGUGUGCAGCGGGAACCUGCGUCUCCCUGGGAAGAGAGAGAUCCUGGUGGCYAUCAAGACACUGAAGGCGGGCUACACAGAGCGCCAGAGGCGGGACUUCCUGUCUGAGGCAUCCAUCAUGGGUCAGUUUGACCACCCCAACAUCAUCCACCUGGAGGGCGUGGUUACCAAGAGCGCCCCCGUCAUGAUCAUCACUGAGUUCAUGGAGAACGGAUCGCUGGACUCCUUCCUCAGGCAAAAUGACGGGCAGUUCACGGUGAUCCAGCUGGUGGGCAUGCUACGUGGCAUUGCGGCGGGCAUGAAAUACCUAAAUGACAUGAACUACGUGCACCGGGACCUGGCUGCCCGCAACAUCCUGGUCAAUAGUAACCUGGUGUGUAAGGUGUCUGACUUCGGGCUCUCGCGGUUUCUGGAGGAAGACACAUCAGAUCCCACCUACACCAGCGCCCUGGGAGGGAAGAUCCCUAUCCGAUGGACCGCCCCGGAAGCCAUUCAGUACAGGAAGUUCACCUCCUCCAGUGAUGGGUGGAGCUACGGCAUCGUAAUGUGGGAGGUGAUGUCAUACGGAGAGAGGCCCUACUGGGACAUGAGUAAUCAAGAUGUGAUCAAUGCCAUAGAGCAGGACUACCGGUUGCCCCCGCCCAUGGACUGUCCUAGUGCCCUGCACCAGCUCAUGCUGGACUGCUGGCAGAAGGACCGCAACAACCGGCCCAAGUUCAGCCAGAUUGUCAACAACCUGGACAAGAUGAUCCGCAACCCCAACAGUCUGAAGGCCAUGACGCCGCUGUCAUCAAGUGUUCACCUACCUCUGCUAGACCGCAGCACGCCUGACUUCUCCAGCUUCAGCACCGUGGAUGAGUGGCUGGAUGCCAUCAGGAUGGGCCAGUACAAGGAGAACUUUGCCAAUGAGGAGUUCACCAGCUUCGAUGUUGUCUCCCAAAUGACCACAGAGGACAUCCUCCGAGUAGGAGUGACGCUAGCAGGCCACCAAAAGAAGAUCCUGAACAGUGUCCAGUCCAUGCGGGCCCAGAUGAACCAGAUCACCUCUGUGGAGGUCUGACCUCUGACAUCUAGACGGGGAGGACACCAGACUAUACUGGACCCCCAGCCUGGUCUCCCUGUCAGACUGUGACCCUCCACCCCCAUCAGACCCCUUUCUCUAGACCAUCCUCCCAUGAGUUCAGUCUGGUCAGUUUGCAGCCGUGCUCAGUCCACAAUCACCACCCCUCUCGUAUGUUAAGUCUGUCUCUAGUGCUGAGCCUACGACUGUGUCCGGACUGUGUCCGGUCUCCAACUGCAGCCUGUCUGUGUUGAGUGCACAGCUGCAGCCCCUCAAUCUGUUUGUAGUAGGAUACUGUUUACAGUCUAUUAGUUGGAUAGGAUUUCUACUAGUCCCCAGACUGAAACUCAACAACAAGACUGCCCUUUAAAAGGGCUAUUAAGAGAAGGUUGGGACCAGACUUCAUAGGACUUUACUCUCAUCUUUCACAGUGAGGUUCUGAGGGUAUCAGCAACUCCAACAAUAUGACCAGUACUCUGAACGCAGUGGAUGGAAAAAUGGCAGACUACAAUACAGUUCCACAGUUCCAUUUAUGGAUGUAAAAUGAAAUUACUCAUCUUCUGGAAGCAUCAGACUCAGCGUUCUUGUGAAUAAUUCUCUCUUUUGACAGUUAGAAAAUUGUGGCGAUUAUAUUUCUGUUUGCUACCUACAGUACCUACACUUCUAAUCUCUUGAAAAUCCGUUUUGAAAGUWAAAAAAAAACCUUUGAACAUACUACUUCCAACAGCCCAAAAUAACCAUAAUAUAAAUGUAAUGUACUGUGCAUGUCAUUGUCUGGUACAUAUCAGAUGCACUUGACUCUCUGUCUGCAGACUAUGCGCUGCACAACCCCGUGGUUGCUAGGGUUCUCAGUCGGGGUCUCAACUUACUGUGGAGAGUUAGAAAAGUAGAUUACACAAGGUGCAAUUUCGGAAUUUGGUUGUGCAUCMGCAAUUCCAAAAUUAUUGGGGUAUUAAAAAAA